GCAAUCUUUUCGGCUGUUGUUGUGUGGAUUUCGCUCAGAAACGACAUGCCUUCACGUUCCUUGCGUUGGGCACUCUGAAACAGACACAGCAUGAACGAUCCAGGCCUCGAUAAGGCCGCAACACAGGCGGCGGAAGAUGUCGAAGCAAACAAUACGCAGUAUGACCAAGACAAGGAGCAGGCAGAAGAGGAAGAACAGGAGUUCCUGAAACCAGGUCGAUGGUGGUUCGCAUCUACAGCAUGUCCGCUCAUAGCUGGCACGUUUGGUCCCAUGGCGAAUGCGUUUAGUAUUUGCGCACUUCCUGAGAAAUGGAGAGUGUACAUUCCAUCAGGAAGCGACGAAGGUCAUGGGUUCACGGUCGAGGACCCAAAGUGGUUGAUCACCAUCAACUCCAUCUCUCUGGUCUUUGCUCUUACAGCAAACAUGUUCUUGCUGCUCAACAUGGCCCGAAGGGUGCCCUUUGCAGUUGCACAGCCAAUCACCCUGGUCGGCUUCUACACGGCGUCUCUACUUCUGAUGGCUCUAGUUGGCGUGGCAUCGACUUCAGUAUUUCGUCUGGAGCCACGACAGGAACAUGCUCUGAGCCAGGCCUAUUACUACGCCAUGAUCGCCUCUGGACUCUACUUCAUUAUUGCGACACUGAUGCUGUUCACCAUCUAUGGUGCGUACAAGGGCCGUUACCCUAAGGAGUUCACGCUGUCUCCCAGUCAAAGGACGCUCAUGCUGCAGACCAUUGGGUUCAUGUUUUAUCUUCUGUUAGGUGCUCUGAUUUUUGCAGAGGUAGAAGGCUGGAACUUCUUAGAUGGAGUGUUCUACGCGGACUUUACCCUGCUCACUGUAGGCAUCGGAGGUGAAUUUGUUCCCACCACCCAUACCGCUCGCUCGCUGCUAUUCCCAUACGCCAUUGGUGGGCUUGUCAUAGUCGGUCUGGUCAUCGGUUCUAUACGAUCGCUUAUCCUCGAACAUGGAAAGCAAAAGAUGGCUGCUCGGUUUACAGAGAUCAAGAGGGAGAGGGUUCUAGCUUCCUACAACGACAAGACAAGGACGAUUAGACUGGGCUGGUUCUCGAAGAUGGAGUAUUUCCAGAAGGGAUUGUCUGAAGCGCAAAAGAGAGAACAAGAGUUUCGAGUCAUGCGGAAGAUACAAGAGAUUUCGGAGAGAAACCGCCGGUACACAUCACUUGCUAUCUCCUCAACAGCAGCCAUGCUAUUAUGGUUCCUUGGAGCCCUAGUCUUUAUGUUCGCCGAACAGCCUCAAGGUUGGACCUAUUUCUCGGGCCUGUACUUUGCAUACACUUCACUGCUGACGAUUGGAUACGGUGACCUCGUCCCGCAGUCGAAUGCCGGAAAGGCUUUCUUCGUGUUCUGGAGCUUGCUUGCCGUACCAACACUCACCAUCCUCAUCAGCAACAUGGGCGACACCAUCAUCAAGGAGUUCAAAGACUUCACGAUUUGGGUCGGUUCUUUGACGCUCCUGCCGGAUGAGGAAGGCCUCAUGUCAACACUUAAGAUUGGUACGAAGCGGAUGCGGAAGGUCUAUAAGGAAGAGUCACAAGAAGCUGAUCCAGGCGCUUCGCUGAGGCACAUGAUGGACAGACUGCGAGAUCACAUGGAGGAAGAAGAGCUUGGACUAGCAGAAGAAGCUGGUGAACACGGUGACAAAGUGAUGCGAGACAUCCACUUCUACCACUUUAUCCUCUCGAAGGAGAUCAGACAGCUGAUGAUAGAUGUCGAUGCGUCGCCUCCACGGCAAUACUCGUACUCGGAAUGGGCAUACUACUUGCGUCUCCUAGGUCAAGACGAGAACGACUCCUCAUACCAUCGCCGAGCGCGGGUCCACCACAAGCACGGCAACCGCUCUACGCCCGACCUCGGUACAGCAGACGACGGCGAUGAGCAGACAUGGAGUUGGCUAGGAAUCCGCAGCCCACUAAUGGGUAACUCGAGCGAGGCAAAGUGGCUGCUUCGAAGGUUGUCUGCUAGACUUGAGAUGGAGAUGCGGAAGAUGAGUAAUCCGGACCCAAAGAAGAGGAGAGCACCACCACCGAUAUCGAUGGAUGAGCUCAAGCAUGGCAAGGAAGAUGCGGAUGCUCAUGGCAAUAGCGGAGAGUCUUCGGGUAGGACGUUUGAUUCUACAGAGGCUAGAAGACGAGGGCGUAAGCGUGUUGAUCCGUGAAGGGUACAAACGCGCUGGAUUCACAUCGGCUGUGGGAAUGUUGACUAAUGCCAAAUCCUCCAACUUUGCUGUCAUGUCAUUUUGUGCUCUGCAAAUUGGGAGACGGCCAGCUCCCUUCAUUACAACAACUUCGCUGAAUG